AUGGCAACAACAGAGACAACUUCUGCUACGCUUGGUCCUCGAUAUGCACCAGAUGAUCCCAUCCAUCCGAAACCGUGGUUGGGGUUGAUUGAUGGAGGUACUGGUACUUUGUACUAUUGGAAUCCUGAAACUAAUGUUACUCAAUAUGAUAAGCCCGACGCCCCACCUGUGCCUGCUGCUUCUACGCCUGGUUUGGCACCUAUACCGAGUGGGUCGGGGCAGCAACAGAUGAUGCAAGUGCAGCCGCCCUCACAACAACAGCAGGGAAACCAUUUUGCCCAACAGCAACAGAGUCCUCAUGUGGCGCAGGCUACUCAGCAGCAGCCUUCUCAAGCUGCUCAACCUGUGCAGCAGCAGCCGACACAGUAG